UCAGCUGUGUGAUGUCACAUGUGGCGAUUUAUUGUUUUAUUUUGUAAAAUUCUCUACAUUUAUCGCUAAUACAUUUCUAAACUAAUAUUGAAAAUUACUACAAUGUCUUCAAACGAUAAAGAAUUUUUUGGGCCGCUUACAUUGCAUCAAAACGUGCAAAAACCUAGUAUUUUCAAGAGUGAUGAUGUUGUGGAGGGUGCGUGCCCUUUGUGCGAUCAAAAAUAUAAUUUACCCGCUUCAGAGAAGGAUUUACUGACUCACAUGUUCAUGGAACAUCGUCUAGUUAUCGCAGAUGUCAACCAGAUAGCUGAUUUACCAGCAUAUAUAAAGUACUGGAAAUCAAGAUUCAAAGAACAAAGUCUGCCAUAUUUUUGCACAACAAUGCUACUAGACAACAAGCCAGAUGGAACAAAGUCCAAAGAUGAGGAGUAUUUCCUCCUAAGUGAUGUUCUACCUGAAGACAAGGAACUCAGAUCUAAUUUAAGGCAAACUAAACUAGAGAAACUGUUAGAACGACAUGCAUUCGAAAGAGAAGAUAAAAAUUAUUCAAAAGAAUGCUUAUUUUGCCGUUAUGUUUCCAAUGGUACUAGAGCUAGCUAUCUCAACCAUUUGUAUGAAAAACACAAUUUUCACAUUGCUAAGCCGGAUAAUCUUAUAUUCAUUGACGAUCUCGUCGAAUUCUUAGCUUUAAAGUUAGAAAAACUCCAAUGUAUAUAUUGUGAAGGUUUAUUUAAGGAUCGGACUAUACUCAAGGAACAUAUGCGGAAGAAAGGUCACAAGCGAAUCAAUCCAGGGAAUAAGGAUUACGAUAAAUACUUCCUUGUCAAUUAUGUAGGCGAUAAGCAGCCAACGUACAAACACAAAGUGACACAUGCACAAAAACCAACUCAUACACAUAGAAGUUCAGUAGAUGUUGACAAUGAGUCAAACGCUGAUAGUGACCCCGAUUGGUCUGAGUGGACAGAAGAGAAUGGUCCGCUAAUAACUUGCCUCCUCUGUGACCAUACGGAAACUGAGUAUGAAAAUAUACUAGAUCACAUGGAGAGGUUACACGAAUUUUCGUUCUCGAAAACAACAGUCGGCAUGGAUUUCUACCAUAAAGUGAAAAUAGUCAACUACAUCAGACGUCAGAUACAUCUGAAGCAGUGUUUGUCCUGCGAUACAAAGUUCGAUGAUCGUAAGAACUUGGAGAAACACAUAAAGGAGACGAACCACUGGGCCUUGAGGAAGGAGAAGUGGGAUCAGCCUGAGUAUUAUUUUCCGACUUAUGAGGACGAUUUGUUUCUAUGUUUUAUCCACGACGAGGACGAAAGCUGGUGGUCCAGUGAUGAAAAAGAUGUUGAGAAUCAGAACAGCAUGUCGGAUAGCAUAUCUAAAGAGAUGGCAAUGGCUGUGCUUAAUGAUUAAGAAUGUUUUAGAUUAAAUAGAGUACAAUUGAUCUACAAGAUUUGUUAAGACUGUGUGCAAUAAUAUAAGAAUGUAUGAUUAUAAUAUGGCCAUACAGUUCUUACGAAUGAAGAAAAUAUUCUAAUAUGAAUUAAGUGGUUUAUAGUAUAAAACUAGAAAAAUGCAAUAAUUAUCCAAUUUUAAAAUAUUCUCAUUCUCUUAUAUAUUUCUCUUAUAUAAAUAUAUCAUAUAUAACGUGAGUGAUUAGAAAGGUAAACCCAGAUUUAAAUAAUAAAAUUAACUUAUAUUACAAUAAAAAGUUUCCGUAUUAGUAUAUAAGAUUUAAUAAUUUCAACUCUGUAUAAGAGCAAGUGAGAAAAUUAUUUGAGUCCAUCAUUAAAUCGAAAUUUGUAGUUUUUCUAACUGUGUGUAUUAUUAAAGUUAAAUCUUAAAUACUGGUCCAUUGUGUUGUGACUGAAUAUUAUUUGAGCAAUAAAUUUUAUAGUACUCAAUAUCAUUUAAGUUGAUAUUUGUAUGGAGAAUAAGGCUCAUUUUUAAAUGUUAAUUGUUUUUAUUUUAAUACUGUCUGAAAAUGCAUGUCUUCAGUCACAUGCAUGACGUGCGGCACGGCCGCACUAAGGCUAAGGUAUCUACUCUAUUGAUUUAAAUAGUCAUUGAAAUUAAAGUAUUUUGAUUUUUAUAGCAUAUAUAGUUAUUUGAUAAUGGAGCACAAUGAGAAGUUUUACAAAAUAACAAUUAAUUGAUAUAAUGUGAAUUUUAUUUAUGUAUACAUUUGGUAGGGGAAUCAAUUAAAUAAAAUUGUGUUUAUUGUUGCAUUAUAUGUUUAACCGGCGUUCCUUUAAAUAAAUAAGCUUCUCAAUUUGACUAUUUUUAUGUAGAUGGAUGGUUAUCAACCAAUUUACGUCAUUCUCUUUGUUUUAUAGAAAGUUGUUGUUGUUUGGUGAUGUUUUAGAUUUGCCUAUACCUAGUUCCUCUGCCUAGGAACGUCGGUAACUAUUUUUGAAGAAACGGUUUAUACUUAUAUCAUUUACUUCAAUAUAAUUAU